UGUGGACACGGGGACUCCGGGACUGCGAUAUCUAAGGUGCUCAACACCCCCCUGCCUAGCUGACGAUCCCUGCACACAGUCACGCUGGAGCAUGCUUCGAGCGAAGGGCUCUGGUUUUAUUUUUGGAGUGGCAUGGAGACUGUCCCUUCCAUUUGUAGUUAGGGUGUAGUUCAGCACAAGAUGAGACUCCCCUUCUGACACUCCAGGCUGGGACUUGCAGGCAGCAGCCAGUGCCCCCCCAAACCAGCACUCACGCAGGGUAUUCAGUCCAAAGUGAGUUUGUCAUCUGUGAUCACUACUUCCUGGGGGUUGACAUGCUGAUGGCUGUUAGUUACAGCACUGCCUCCCAGCCAGGCCUGCUGUCCCAGCAGUACCCCCCGCCCUUGCUGCCGAAGCCCAGCAAAGACAAUGCCCGGCUCCAGAAGCUGCUCAAGAAGGCCGCCAAGAAAAAAGCUGCCGCGCAGUCUGCGCAGACGCCCGUGCCCUUCCGCUCCAGCCUCUCCCCUGUGAGCGAAGCCAGCCCCGACCUCGAGCACAGCGACCACUCGACUCCGCCCAAGACACCGGAGACGCCCGUCCACGGCGGCACUCUGUAUCCCAGGGUCAACGUCAGAUCGGUAUACCAGCACAUGCCGUCUCCUUACCCAUAUCAGAGGAGCAAAACCUACAGCACAGUAGGAAGGCUUUCCCCACAGUCCUACUCCCCCCAAGUCCUCACCUUUCGCCAGGUGAGCCCACACUUCACAUAUGCACCACCCUCGCCCUCCCCUACAGCUCCACCGCAGGCUCAACUUCCUGUUCCCACUUCAGCUGAAGCUCCAGUUCCAGCUCCCACCCCAUCAUCAAUAUCAAUAUCAACUGCCACAACUCUGUCGCCUCAUGCAAUUAUUCCUCCUGGUCCAGUUUCAGUACCAGUUCCAGCACCUUCCCCAACACCAGCCUCAGCUCCACAAGCAAAGCAUCCUGGGUAUACCUAUGAUGUAGAACCAAGAAGUCCCGAUGCUAUAACUUCAAAAGUAACAAUGGCAAAAGAUGUGACGGCCUCUGGAUCUGGGGGGUUAUCAGGAGGGAUUUUCACGGCUGCCAAAACUAUCUAUCCACAAUUGGCCAUCUUUGAACUCACAAAGCCCAAAAAACCUAUCUUUGAGGUUCCUCAAAUCAGGAUAUACACAUCUAAGGAGGUCUCGGUUAUUGAGACAUCUAAGUCGCCUGUGUAUUAUAGAAUGCCAUCUCCUACAAUAUUCAGGAGUAAAACACCAACAUUUGAAAUAAAACGAGUGAAAACACCAACUUAUGAAAUGAGGAGAGGAACAACCCCAACAUCUGAAAUAAAAAGGGUAGCAACUCCAACAUAUGAAGUGAAACGAAUAGCAACUCCAUCAUUUGACGUGAAAAGAGGUACAACCCCAACAUCGGAAAUCAAAAUUGAUACAACUCCACCAUCUGAAGUCAAAAGAGGUGAAACUCCUACAUCUGAUGUUAAAAGAGGUGCAACUCCUACAUCUGAAGUUAAAAGAGCUACAACUCCAAUAUCUGAAGUCAAAAGAGCUACAACUCCAACAUCUGAAGUCAAAAGAGGUACAACACCUACUCAUGAGGUUUCCUUGGCACUAACACCUUCAGGCCGACCAAGGACGCCAUCGUACUUAACUUCCCGAGCAAAAACACCUGUUUUUGAAAUAUCGAAACCUAACCCUCUGUUAUUUGCUGCCUAUUCUCCUGUAACCUCAACCCAGGAUGCGCAGGCUACUACAGACAAAGAGAGAAGCAAAACACCCACAUCCAUUGCUGUUGCUGCUGAAACACCUUUGGCUGAUGCUGUAAGCCUGAAACCCUCUGAGUCUGAAGUCACUACUUCAAACAAUCAGCUGAAGGUUCCAGAAUCUGAUGAUAUAAGUCAUACAAUUCCAAAUGGUCUGCCUCCACUGAAUACAACUUCACUGGAAGAUUCUAUGCAUAUCACUCUAACACCCAAGAGUGCUUCCAGUGAAGCAACUACACCAACAACCCUGCCUAGCUACCAAAGAUCCAAGACUCCAACAUAUGAAGGACGCCAAUCUGUGUCUCCCUCAUUUGGAUAUCAAAGGUCAAGAACACCAACAUAUGAAGCAUAUAAACCGAAACCUAAAUCAAAGUAUUAUGGAUUGACUCCUGCUGAGUAUGCUGCGUAUGGGGGAAUCCGGACUAUUUCACCCACUUUUGGAACGUCUAGGCCUAAGACACCUACUAAUGGGGUGUCCGAAGUGUCUCGUCCUUGGAAUGACAUCUCUGUGCCCGAAUCAUCCUCUAAAGAACCGGAGAGGCCCAAAACACCUACCAGGGAAACCACAGUUACAGCUCUCACAAAUGAGGGUUCAGUACCUCAGAUCUCGGUAUCCGAAAUUACUCCUACAGUCUUAACACCAAAGAUGCCAGCUGAUGAGGUGAGGCCAGCAGAGAUGGCAGAAGUACCAAAAACAUCAGUACCUGAAACAGAGGAAGCACACAAAACCCAGACUUAUGGAAUGCAGAGUGCAACGCCGCCGCCUCCAGAGCUACCAAAAGCUAAAACACCUACUUUGGAGGUGCAAAGACCCAAGACCCCAACCACUCCAGUUACAAAGACCACACCUGAAGCACAAACUGUUGAAAUAGCAGCUUUGGAUGUGCAUGUCACGCCUGCCUCACUAUCAUCUGAAGGAGAGGUUUCUGGAGCUGAGACGGAUGGGGCAAACAAGUUAGCGUCCCCAUUUUCCAGGACAAAAACCCCAACUCAGGAUGCAAAUGCUGCUAAAAUGACGACAAGCAACGAACUGCUAAGCGAUGCGCAGAAAGACGAGGACAAAGCUUUGACUGUAGAAGCAGCGCAUUCGAAAGAGGAAGUCCCUCCAGAGAAAGUCCCUACUAAGGAAGAGACAGCAGCUGUACCAUUGACAGCAGAGAAGGAGGCUCGGGAAGAUGACUCAUCCACCAAAGAACAACUUUUGGGGAAAGUGGUGAAGAAAUCACUGGGCAUGAAAUCCAAGCUCAGCGGCUGGUCACGCCUCAAGAAGCACAUGGUUGUGGAAAUGGAGGAGCCCAAGUUUCCAGACCCUGAGGCCAUUACACAAGUCCCCGAUGACAGUCAAGAGCAGAAGCUAGAGGAUACACCCUCGGAGGCCAGCGUACAGUCGGACAAGGGAAAAGCCACCCCGAGGGCCACAAAGAUGUGGGACGCUGUCCUGUUCCAAAUGUUCUCCACCGAGGAGAACAUCAUUCAGCAGAUCAACAAUAACCAGCAGGAGGCAGAGAAACCGGAAGUGGUGAAGGAAAAGCCAAAGGACGUCCCAGCGUUUGUCCAUCGGCUUCCUCUCCUCCUGUACAGCCCCAGGUUCGAUGCCAGGAAGCUUAGGGAAGCUGCCGCUAGGCCCCUCAAGAAAACUUCAACUGUGUUUGAAAUGGGGCUGCUGAACCGCAAACACCAGGAUGAAGAGCCGAAAGACUUUAACAGAGUUGCAAAAGGGUUUUCUGUCUCAAAAACGACAGAUGAAUAAUUUAGACUAUUGAGUUAUUCAAAUGGGGGUAAACGUUUUGUAAUUAAACAUAGUGUUUGUCCAACAAAUGCACCUGUCCAAAUGUGAUAGUUAUAAUGUUACGAUUGUAUAUCCGAUCAGACCAUAAUAUUUCAGAAUUGAAUAGCUCUUGUUAAAUACACAACUAGCCAAAUCUGUCCAAUUGGCAGCUUAGAUGGUGUGCCAUAGAUAUCAAGGUACAGUAUGACACAAGUGCUUUCAAAAUUGCAUUGUAUCUUACUGUGUUAGCUAAGUGUAUUCUGUUUACAGUGGUGAAUUGGCCAGUAGUAGAAAACAAGUACUUCAACAGUUUUUACCCAAUCUGCCUGUAAUGGCAUGAAGUUGGGGGUUGUCUGGAGCCCUCAGUUUGAAAUGUUAAUAUUUUAGCAUUUAUGCUUUAAAAGAUAUCAUGUUUUCUGACAUAACUGUGGGACAAUUAGAUUGAAGAUUAUAAAGGAGACUUUUUUGGCUGGCAAAUUUACACAAAUUAUUGAUAAAUUCAAAGGUCCCCCUAAAAUAAAUGUGAAUGUGAAAUCACUUCAUUUAUUUUACCAAACAUGAAGAACUUCAAUUCUCAGUUUUAUCCAAGAAGAAACUAACUGGGGGUUCACUGACACGUGUCCUGAUGUGUGUCACAGAAUCACAUUUUUGGAAAUAUUUCAAGGGCUAUAAGGUUUUACAGAACAGUGGGAACUGUUCCAAAUUGAAUUUACAAUGAUCCAUCAAUGGAGAUAUAUAAUGUAUGUUCAUUGUUAAUAAAUAAAAUGUAUAACCCUGAAAUUAUUUUGGUUAGUUUGGUAUUGGCCAUUAUCAUGUUACAUUUUUGGAAAUUGCUUUUAAAAUAUUAAAAUAACAGUAGUAUUUAAUGCAAAUCUGACAAUAGCUUUCAUAUAUAAAUUCCAAACUUUUCUUUUUCAUUUUUUGCUAUUUGUAUUCAUAUUUUUAGAUAUGUUUUUUAUUCUCUUUACAAAAUCGACAAUAUGGUGCUUAUUUCUUACCAAACUAAGAAUCCAAGACACACUGAAUGCCAGGUUUUUACCUGCUAUUGCUACUUUUGUAAGUGGUGAUAUACUUUGUGAGGAUGAAUCCAUCUUUGGCUUAGUUUAGUUCCAUUCUCUCUGUGCUUUUAAAAGGUGAAUAAUGAAUAUGUAGAGGCUUCACUGUUGGUUCUCCAGAUGCAUUAUGGGUAGGGUAGAUACAAAGUAUGCACACAUGCAUGGAUUUGCACAAAUUCAUCCAUGCGUGUGUAUCUGAACAAUGAGGCACACACACAGGCUGCCCCAGAUGUCUCACAAGACAGUACGCUUUAUGCUUCCUUGGGAGGAAAAAGUGGGUGUGACAGUGGGAGUGAGAGGCGUGGCUAAGAUUGUUUUAGGCAUGGCAGGAGGUUGGCUGUCUGUGCCAGGUUGGCAGUAGGCCUGAAACACAGAGCUGCUGAGCAGAAAGUCCUUGGAGCAGGCCAGCAAACGGGACUUCUCCUCACACAGACCAGCCGAGGCCCUUUGGGGUGACAUUAAUGGGAUGGAUGGCACAGCAUGCUGACAGGGCAUUUUGUCUCAGGAAUGAUGCCCAUGGUUUGGGAAAGUUAAGGAUGUCUUGGAAAAAUAUGAGCUUGAACCCCAUAUUGCUAUGGAAUGUGGGUGUUUUCUUGAAAAAAAUUGUUGGUUGUUGGCUGUUGGAAAUGCUGGCUUGAAACGUUUCCCAGUGUUACUGCAGACUCUUAAAGUGGGCUUGUGUCAGGUUGAACAGAAAUGGAAAAUAAUGGCAAAUAAUUUCCAGAUAUGGGAUGGGGAGUGAGUAAUGGGAAGGAGUAUAGAACGAAAACAGGUUCUUCUGAAGUCAAUCCUGAUGAGGAUAAGACAUGAGGAUUGCUUUGUCUGAUAAUAUGGAGGGGGGUUUUACUGCUUAAAUCAUAGAACUGAGCACAAUAGUACCUAGCCGAUGACAAAUAUUUUAUGUUAAGAGUAUCUGCUAAGAUAUGUGGUUUCACCAUAACUGUCUUGAUUGCCUACAAUUUUGUUUUACUCUGAAAGGAACACUAAAGUUUACAGUUUACAAUACCUUCCUCAGUAAAAAUAUUUCCCACCAUCGAAAAAGGAAACAAGAACUGUUUUCACUCGGCAUUCAGCCCCAGACAGGAAAUACAUUUAUAGCAGUGGUUGAGAAUUUCAUUCGCUACCUGUAUAUAAGAUUGUAUAGAAAUGUUAAUUGAGUUUUUGUUAACUGAUGUCUGACUGUCUGUAAUCCGCAUACAUUUCUGUAAGUAAAUUUCAAACAAAAA